AUGGCGGGUUUACCUCCUGAUUUCCUUCAAAUACCAGGGCAAUCGAACAAGCCAUCGUUUACCGCUGGGAGCGAAGAAUCGAUUCGGCUCGGCUCGCGGGUCACAUUCACGGACCAGACGGUCAAUUUCGAAAAUGGCACCAGCGUGAGUUUUCUUAACGCAACGGCUACCCAUCUUUUCAUUUCAUGCAGUUCUCUCAAGAAGAAAAUCAUUGUUAUCGAGAGCAUAAAUAGAGUUAUCUAAUGAAAGCUGUUGGGAAGUUGUUUUAUUCGAACUACAAGUAUUUUUUGAACGUGAAAGAACGUAGCUCCAACUUCAAAGUUUGUGGUACAUAAAAAACUUCAUCUCGUAAACGAAAUUUCACGCGCCUUCUCUUUUCCGCAUACAAGCUUCAAAUUUUUCGUUUCUUACUCAAAAGGCAUCAUGAAAAAUCUUAUUUUCUUCCGCCACGAGAAUUUAGUUAAUUUUGGUUUUCUGGUUGAAAUAGCCCAAAAAGAAUAAUAUGCGAGCUUUGAAGAGAAGAAGAAGGAUUUCAUUUUCGUUUCAGACGGGUUUUUUAAGCACAAUGUCAGUCAAAACGACAUGCCACUGCUCAUAUUUUUUGUUUUCAAGGGAGUAAAACUCAAAACUAUCAGCUGAUGCAGAACAUCAGGUCGAAAAGCAGGUGAACGUUCGCAAAGAACUAAAAUUAAAUGUUCCGACUCUUUUAAAAAAUAUCAUCAAGGAACUGAAUCCCUUUUUCAAUUAAAAUGUUUCGUCAGUAACUGAGAUUUAGUUCAUUAAUUUUCAAUUAUGAAAGAUGAUUAGUAGCUUGAAUCUUAUUCCCACUGCUAACUACCGCUUUGCGUCUGCAAAUAAUAAGCCCGAGGAAGCAUUUUGGUUGGGUCGAAAAAACGUUUCUUACCGAUGGAUGGGUCUAGGGUAUUACGAGUCCAAGGCCUGCAAAAGACGGCUCUUUCCAGAACGUGGCGUCAGAGGCACGUGAGCACCUCUCGGCCAACUUUUAUGCUUUCUUUCUUGGCUUGUUCGGUGAAUGGGAAGGAAUGGGCACGGAAACAUCGGCUAAGAGUAGUUCGAGCUUCAUUUGAUUACAAAGCAUUACCUCUGGACAGAAACGCGAACAGCUUGUUUGUUUGGCCUCAAAAAAGUGGACAUGCUGCUGGCUUUAGGCUCACGCUGCAAAGAAAAGUGUGAGGAAUUAUUUAGGAGGUGAGGGUGGCCCGUUGGAGUUCACAUUUCUCAAUGAAAUGAAUACUCACUGCUCAUGUAGUUGUGCGGAAUAUGUCUGAAAGGAAAUACAAAGUUAGAAAAAAAGUUCUUCUUAAAUAUCUGAUAAUUCUAUACAGGAUAAUUCUUAUUAUAUUUCUUUUUUCUUGACUUCGAGUAGAAUUGAAAUUUUCUCAGUUUCGGAAAUUCAUAUUCAAUUCCAAAUGUAGAUGGCGUCACUUUUGAGCAAUACGAAAUAAUAAAAAAGGCUGUUUCCGGCGUUGAAUCGGCGCCAAGUGUGCCCACGCAAAGAGCGUGUGUAGACGCUCUUAUAGUUUAUGGAGAUAAGUGCCAUUCCCUAGUAGCUCGCAAGCAACAAAAAGAAGAUAACGAAAAAAAUGUUUUAAAAAGAACGCAUGAUAGAUAAACGUCAUUUUGGCGCAUCAUAAUUAUUUCUCAACUAACGAAUUCGAUACAAUGACAAAAAAUGAACGUUCAGUUACUUUCAUGGUAAGCUGUCUUCUUUUUUAAUUAUUUUCUUCAGAAAAUAUCAAAAUCCUUUUUGGAAUUAUUGGUCAGCUUCAUCCUUUUCUUUUUUCCAGGAGAGCCAGCAGAUAUCAUUUGCUGUGGAGCAAGAAAACGUGGAACGAGAAGAAUGGGCCACGAAGGUCAGCCAUCUCUUCAAAACGCAUAUAAACUCAGAUUUUAGACGCAAUUCUACAUGGGAAUCGUUUCCUACGCUGUCGGCCUGGGAAACGUUUGGCGUUUUCCGUACUUGCUGCAGAAAAAUGGCGGGGGUCCGUCCUAAAGUACAUUCUCGUGCACAGCCAAUCUUUCAGGCGCCUUUUUGAUACCUUAUGUCGUCAUGAUGAUCCUCGGUGGCCUUCCGUUGUUUCUCAUCGAGCUGGGAAUUGGACAAAGAUUGCGAACGGGACCUGUCGGCGUUUGGAGCGCAAUUCAUCCAUACCUUGGCGGUUUGUUUUUUUUCAGUAUACAUUGCACACUCACUUCUUUUUACUUUUCACUGAGAUAAUUAGAGAACGUCGCCAUCUUUCCUUUAUUUGCUAUCUUUUCAUCCGGCGAUCUCUUCGGCGCCUUGCUAUCAAAAAAACUUCUAGCGCAAAUAAUAAAGAAAACUUUCCUGCAGGACUCGGAAUCUCCUCUGCCAUUGUAUCGUACUUCGUCGCCAUGUACUACAACGUCAUUGUGACGUGGUGUUUGUAUUAUUUGUUUCAGUCGCUCACAACUACUCUUCCUUGGUCGGUAAGGCUUUCGAAGUUUUUUCUAAAAUUCUGAAGGUACUGAAAAAUCAAUGUUUUUUCACGAAUUUUUGUCUCAGUAAGAUAUUUUCAAACUCUGCAAGCUUGUCAACGAAAAAAUUUUUUGCGCGAUUUUUAUCUCUAGAAAAAUAAAUCUUGCUAGAUUUGAAAAUUGCUAGAAACAUGGAUACUUUAUCCGAAAUAAUGCUUUUUCAGCAAUGUCCAUUCGAAAAUGGGACAGCUAUCCCGGAAUGUGCCAAUCAAUCGACGCCGGCGUACUAUUUCAACCACGAAGCCUUGCAAACGACCAGGUGAAUAUGCAUUUUCCUCUCUGAACUUUUUUUCUUCAGUUCCAUCGACGAAUUUGGGGGCCUGAACUACCGUAUCUUCCUGGCGCUGACCUUUGCCUGGAUCAUCGUCUACCUCUGCGUGAAAAAAGGAAUAAAGAGUUCCGGAAAUGUGAGCGGUUUUUCUCAGCCAUGAGAACAGCACAGAAUAUGUUGUUCACUGACUAGGGAAUUACUCGGGCUCUGAUUCGCAUAUCAUGUUGAAACUACGGCGGCUUAUAGACUUGGGUAAGAACUCUUGGAAACGAGAGAGAUUAUUUGUUAAACCACAUAGGCUUCUGAGAAAAAGCUUCUUGAAGAAAUCGAGGAAGAGUCCUGUACGCGCCUGAUCCUCAUUCUUUCACCGAGGUGGGCUGGCGCAGUGGUUAGAGAGUCAGUCUCAUAAGCGACUUUUUUGAGUAGGUUCGAUUCCUGUCGAGGGUGGAUCUUUUUUGCAUUUCUAGUAAAGCCGAAAUUCUUAGUAAAAGUAAGAAAUUCAAAGGGAUUUGGAAGUUUUAUCAAUAAUAUUUCUUAUUUCCGGAGGAAUUCAGAAAAAAAUGUUCUCUAGAUUUGGGAAACAACGCUAGGAAACAACGCUAGGAAACAACGCUAGGAAACAACGCUAGGAAACAACAGAGUUUUACUGAAAAAAGGGGGGGUAUGAAAACAAGAUUAGCGAAAUUUGCGUUGGCGAACUUAUCGAAGACCGCGAAAUCGCGGGCGGUGUAUGCCACCGUGUAUGCAUACUGUUUGCGCAAAAAUCAAUAAACACCUUUCCGACGGAACUUUUUCCGACUUUUUUUGCCUCUUUUUUUCAAAUUUUUUUGGAUUUCGUCACUCAUUUUUGGUUUUUUUCUGUUAUUUCAUCUUUUCCAUCGCAUUAUGAUCCUCUGGUACGCAUUGUUCCUAUUUUUUUCUCGAUAAAAAAAUAUUUAUCCGAUAGGAAACGAUGUCAAUGAAAAAGAUUUGGAAACAACAAAUUUAUGGACAAUGGUGAAAUAAAAAUGAAAUAAAAACAAGAAAUUGGGAAAAAUAAGAAAUGACACGAGAAGAAUGUGAAAGAUAUAGGAAAUUUUUUUGAUGUUGCCCGAAACGAAAACAAUAAUUUACAGAUUUGUAGGAAUCAGUGUCACUCAAGUAAUCAAGCAUGUCAUCCAAUGUUUCUCUCAUAGCUCUUUCUUCUUCACUCAUUCUGUAAUUGAAACGCAGAAAAAACUGUUAUAAACAAUGUUCCAACAGCCAUCACGACGAAAAAUUAUUCCAAAAAAAUAUUUUUUUGCUUCAAACAAAAAAAUUGAGGUCUUUUUUUCCGAUACAAGGAUCAUAAUGCGAUGGAAAAGAUGAAAUAACAGAAAAACCAAAAAAUGAGUGACGAAAUCCAAAAAAAUUUGAAAAAAAGGCAAAAAAAGUCGGAAAAAGUUCCGUCGGAAAGGUGUUUAUUGAUUUUUUUGCGCAAACAGUAUGCAUACACGGUGGCAUACACCGCCCGCGAUUUUGCGGUCUUCGAUAAGUUUGCCAACGCAAAUUUCGCUAAUCUUGUUUUCAUACCCCCGAAAAAAGACUUUUAUUGACCCUUUGGACUUUUUUUUGAGAGAAGUUCAACCAGGAGAAAUGCUUUUUUUCCUUAAUUUUAUGACUUUUUAUUUAUUUUUUUGUCUUUAAAAAAAUUGAACCUACUCAAAAAAAGUCAAGCAUGAGACUGGACCUCUAACCACUGCGCCAGCCCGCCUCGGCAAGAGCGGUAGGUUCAGACGCGUACAAAACUCUUCCUGGAUUUCUUCGAGAAGCUUUUUCUCAGAUGCCUAUGGGGUUCAACAGAUAAUCUCUUUUGUUUCCAAGAGUUCUUACCCAAGUCUAUCAGCCACCGCAGUUCCAACUUGAUAUGCGUACUCGAGCCCGAAUGAGUAAAAAGUGUUAUAAAAAAGAAAUUUUUUAAAAACAUAUUUUCUCGUUCUAGUAAAAUAUUUCAGGUUAUGUACGUCACUGCCAUUUUCCCGUACAUCGUCACGUUCAUUUUUCUUUUCCGCUCGCUUUCUCUUGUUGGAGCUUGGGAAGGAGUCAGAUACAUGUUCAAACCUGACGUAACUAGAACAAAUCAAACUUUUUGUACUAAAAAAGCUGUUUCAGUUGACCAAACUCUACAGCCCUGUGGUCUGGCUUGAGGCGGCGACGCAAAUAUUCUACUCGAUGGGAUUGGGAUUUGGAGGUUUUAAUUUUCAAGAAACUUUUUUCAAAAUAAAUUUUUCCAGGGCUGAUUGCUUUCGGUUCAUACAAUCCGGUAAAAAAUGAUGUCAAGAGAGAUUCUAUCUUGCUCUCUGGCGUCAACCUCUUCACUUCGAUUUUGACCGCCAUCAACGUCUUCUGCGUUCUCGGCUCUAUGGCAUACACCACAAUCUCGAAAUGCAUUGAACGGUUAGUUUUCAUUCGAAAAGUAGUCUUGCUCGCCAUGACUUGGAACGUCUUACAAAAGAGUUCUGUCGUUUCGACCCGAUGAGAUUUUUUUUUUCAGUUUGUCUUUUUUCAUUUUUCACUAUCAGAAAUAUUCAUGAACUGUACUGUGGAAGCAAUCAAAAAAGAUGAAAUUUUGUCAUGUCAUGGGCGUUAAAACCAAAUAAUCUAUCAAAUUUAGCGAUAUGCAUACGUUUUCGAAAGUGUACCCUCUUUACUUUCCAACUUACGCCGAUGUUCGAAAAACGUUCACAAAUUCCGAGUACAUUGAGGUUCGUGGGAAAAAGUUAAUACAAGCUACGAAAAUGUUUGCAGAUGAUUGAAAACAAGUUUACUGGGCAGUACACUAUGAUGGCCGCACAUUCCGAGAUGUGCGAUUUCAAACAAACUCUCAACGAAGUAUUUUGAACCUUUUUAUCCAAGUUUUCAUUGUGAGUUUACAGGCAGCCGAAGGAGCUGGUCUCGCGUUCGUAGUGUUCACAGAAGCUAUCCUGCAGUUCCCGAUGCCGCCCAUUUGGUCAUGCUUGUUUUUCCUGAUGCUCUUGAGUCUUGGCCUGGGCUCCAUGUUCGGUGAGUCAAUAACUUCCCUCUUUUGCAGUAUUCAUAAAUAAAAAUAUUUAACUAGAAAUAUGAACUGCAGAUUUCAAUAGAUUCAAGUGAGAGAACCGAAAUCAUUAAUUAAGACUCAUAGAAAAACGGAAAAAACCUAUUGAAAGUGUAAACGGAAACUUUUAAAAUUGCUUUCUUAUGAAUUUUUUUGACUUUUUCAUCCAAGAGUCUCUUGGUUGGUUCUCUCAUUAUUUUGAAAGCCUAGAUUGGGAUUCCCCUUUCAUGAAUGGUUUCAUUUAAACAACAUCGAUGUGAAUCAAAAAAAAACCGCACUUUUUUUAUUUUUAGGCACUUUGGAAGGCGUUAUCACGUCUCUGAACGAUUCAAAGCUGAUCAACGUCAAGAAGCCGGUGCUGACAUUCAUUCUUUGCCUAUCUGCUCUGAUUGUUGGAAUCCCGUUUGCAUCAAGAUCUGGACAGGUUUUUCAAUUGUAUUCUUCAUCCGUGUCACAAAGUCGAUUUCAGUACUGGGUCUCUCUUUUCGACAACUUCGCUGGAUCGUACGCGCUGAUGUGCGUGGCCUUCUUUGAGAUCAUUGCCGUUUCAUAUGUCUACGGUGCACAAAGGUCUAGAAACAAUAUAUAAAAGAUAAAAUCUAUGUUAUUUUGUAGAUUCUCGGAUGACAUCGAGUACAUGACUGGCUCUCGUCCUGGAUUGUACUGGCAAUGGACAUGGAAAUUCUUCGCGCCCGCCAUCAUGUUAGUGUUGUUUUCUGCGUCUGUCUUGCAAACUCUUUCAAAGCCGGUCACCUACAUCGCCUACGAUCCACAAACGGUACGGUUAAGAAAGGAUUCUAUUGAAAUUAAUGAAGAGUUUAGGCGAAGCAAAUGGAGGUUGGAUAUCCCACAUGGGCCAUGUACAUUGCCAUUGCAAUGGUUACGAUUGCCAUCGCUCCGACUCUUGGAAUUUGGUUCCUUCGUUACUUCAGAAUCUGGAAGCUCGAAGCCAACAUUCCCGUGGUAUGUCUGAAUGUUUUUUUCUAAGCCGUCAGUGAUUUUUACUUCUUGGAGCUCGAAAAGACCAUGUACAGAGCAACUUCAGACUUUCUAUUGACAUUUGAAAAAAAUAUUUUUUUCUAAAAAAACUCGAUAAAAAAAUUAAAAAUUUUUCAUCUAUAGAACUUAUUGUUGAAUAUUAUUCUCAAAGAUGAUUUUUUUCACCUUUAAAAAAAUAAUCUGGCCGGAAAUUAUGAGGCAUUUACUUAGUAGAACCCUCAAUCAAUCUGAAUAUGAAAAAUGUUCGCAAUAGCUUUGAAAAAGACGACUAUAACUCUGGCAAGGACUUUGUAUCACAAAUUCAAAAUUCAGGCGUCCAAAUGCUUGAACACAACACAAUCAACGACGCAGAUGCUCAAAAGCGACGUUUCUUUCAAUCACAUCAACGACUCUUCCGCUACCGUGUCCGAAAUGGUCCCAUUCACCGCAAAUGUAGAACAAAACCAAUAA